AUGCCGCUGCUACAGCGCUGCAAAGCUGCGAUUGUGCAGAUGACCGCCGUGAACGACGUGGCUGCCAAUUUUGCGGCCUGUGCUGCACACGUCCGCGAGGCUCGGGACCGCGGCUGUGCAAUCGUGUUUUUGCCCGAGAACUUCUCCUUCAUGGGCUCGCGGCCAGGCGAGGCGCAGACCGUCGCCGAGCCGCUCGACGGGCCGACCAUGCGGCGUUACCUCGACCUCGCGCGAGAGACUGGCCUCUGGCUCUCGCUCGGCGGCUUUCAGGAGCGCGGCCCCGACGGCGACGAGCGCAUCUACAACACCCACUGCAUCGUCGACGGGGAAGGGCGCCUCGUCGCAAAGUACCGCAAGAUCCACCUCUACGACGCGCCGUUUGUUGGCCUGGUCGAGUCGCGGCAGGCGAUCUCCGGCGACUCUCUCGUCACCGCAGACAGCCCCGCCGGGCGGCUGGGCGUCAGCAUCUGCUACGACUUGCGCUUCCCGGAGCUGUACCAGAAGCUCUCCUUCCUGCACGGCGCGCAGGUGCUGCUCAUGCCCUCUGCCUUCGCCAUGAAGACGGGCGAGGCGCACUGGGAGACGCUCCUUCGCUGCCGCGCCAUCGAGACGCAGUGCUACGUCGUGGCCGCGGCGCAGGUCGGGCAGCACAACACGGACGGCAACAAGCGCUGCUCGUGGGGGCACGCGGUCGCCUUUGACCCGUGGGGCAAGUGCAUCGCCGACCUGGGCGACGCGCCCGGCCUCGCCACGUUCGACAUCGACCCGGAGCUGAUCGCCGAGACGCGCCGCAACAUGCCAAUGGCGCGCCACCGCCGCUACGACAUCUACGGCGACGGGCCGCAUGCGGCGCCGCUGUCGCCCGCAGACACGGAGGGCGAGCCAGACGCCAGCAUCGGGUUCGGCUGA